AUGGAUGGGGCCAGGCCAUCCCGCCCCGACCGGCCGUAUCAGCGCACCUACAAGGCAUGCAUCCCUUGUCGGCAACGCAAGGCAAAGUGCGACCUGGGGACGGGCCCAGACGGGUUACCGAUCGGCCCACCAUGUGCGCGAUGCCGCAGGGAGAUGCGAGAAUGCGUGUUUCCCGAGAAACGAGCCUGGGAGAGGUCCCGCAAGCGUGGUAGGAGCCCCCAUCACUGCCUACUCGCAUUUCCUAAACAGCCUGGUCUAGCGCGAUCACUCGAGGAUGAUGAGAACGACAUCUCGCCGGAGUCGGAACAUUUACCAAGUUCUGGUGUCUCGUCCGAUGGGGCCAGGCGACAAUUCACGCAUGUCCGGGAGCCUGUCCAGUACCAGGAGUCGACAAGUCCCUUUCAACAGGGAUGGACUCUUGCGCGACCCCAUGCAUCCCAACAUGAUGACCAUCGUGCUCAGAUUGGCAUGAGCCCCCAGCACGCCGCACGUGGUAGCAUGCAUGCACAUAGUUCCUCAGCCCACGCAUAUCAAGAAAAUCAGCACCCGUCCAAUUCCGCCUUGGCGAGCUCGAUGAUGCGGACAGUCGUCGCCAGUGGAAAUGAUGCUUUGAAUAUCUUGUUCGAGGCGGCCACGGCCGGCCAGGAGGACCAUGCCCCGAGCGAUGAUAGUCCUCCUCGGGGAACGGGAUCAAAAUCGGGAGGCUCGAAUACUCACCCGCGAGUCACACCGAGGAAGUUUGAGAGCCCAUCCGCCUUUGAGACAGUGCCACGAAUAAUACGACCUGUCGAGAUUGUGGAUGCGUCACCCGAAACAUUGCAUAUUUGGGAAGCAUGUCGUUUUGUCAAGAUGGGCUGGUUUUCUGCCAGGGAGGCGGUUACUUUCAUCGACCUGUUCUAUAAGAACAUGUCCUGCUUGUCGCCGAUCUUGACGGACUUUUAUGCCAAUCAUCAGAAUCACCUCCUGUUGAUCUCACGAGAGCCGGUGUUGUGUUCCACUAUUCUGAUGAUCUCGUCUCGCUAUCACGUCCUUCCUGGAGCAGGUGGCGAGUCGAGGAACUUCUUCAUUCAUCAUCGACUUUGGCAGCACUGCCAACAAUUGACCAUGCGGCUUAUUUUCGGGCAAGAGAAAUCCACCAAGUCUAAAAUCCGAAGUCUCGGAACAGUCGAGGCUCUCUUGCUGAUGGCUGAAUGGCAUCCACGCUCUCUCCAUUUCCCUCCCGAAACGGACGGCUGGGAUGAUGAUCUCAUCUCUUUGGGCCCAAACCCUUCUGGAGGAAAAUCUGACCCCAGUGAUACAUCGGCUGAUCGGUGGAUAGAGGACAUGAUUGAGCCUUCCCGAAGGUCCGAUCAGAUGUCUUGGAUGCUCCUAGGAUGCGCCCUCUCCCUGGCCCACGAACUGGGUAUCUUUGAGACCGAGGGAAUCGAUCUUCCGGGUGAGGAUCAACAAUGGAGGGAACAAAUCACCCUUCGCCGACAGCGAGUGCAGCGUCUACUAUAUGUUUAUAUCAACCAACUCGCGUGGCGCAUUGGGUGCAUGUCCCCGAUUCCCCAGUCGCUCAACCACGCAGUGCUCGGCGGACGCAAGCCUCGGGGGUUAAGCCAGCCUGGCAGUACCUGGUUGAUCUUCAUGGACUCGUGGAUUGAACUGACCAAGCUUGCGCAAUCCGUGACCGACAUGUUCUUUCCAUCUGCCAAGUUUGCUCGCCAGCAGCUACACAGUGGUCGCUACGUUGGCCUCCUGGAGCAUUUCAGACCUCUACUCAACCAGUGGAAAGACAAGUAUCUCCAGCCACAUAAUCUCGACACGGCGUUCUACAACGAUCUCUUCAUCGAGUACCACUUUGUGCGAGUGUACACCCACUCAGUCGGAAUGCAAGCAGUUGUCGAACGCGCAGUCGCAGACGCCGACCUGAACAACUUUGACGAGGUGCGGCCGAUGACCAUCGACCCCACCGACUACGAAUAUAUCCAAGAGGUGAUUGACGGCUGCUGUCAGAUCCUCCAAAAGGUCACCCACCUCGCCGAGGUCGGUGCCUUACGAUUCUCGCCAGUCCGGAUUGUCCUGCGCAUUACCAGCGCCUCGAUCUUCUUGAUGAAAGCACUCAGUCUGGGUACCCGUCAGGCUACGCUGCGAGAGUCGCUAGAAGUACUCGAGAAGAGCAUCAGUGCACUCAAGUCCACUGCCCUAGACGACGUCCACCUCAGCAAUCGCUACGCUACCCUGCUGGACAUGCAUGUCUCGCGCUUGCGGCGAAACCUGCUCGCAUCUUCCAGAACCAUGAAAAUGAAUAACAGUCGAGCUGCCACGCGCCGGUCAUCAAUGGGCCCUCCGUCCUGGCCGGACAAUGGCGACUGCUCCAAUUCCAAUUCCAUGAAUACCCCCAUGCCCCAGGAUCUAACGUCCGAUCUGGGCUUCAUGCCAUCCUUGAAGGACAUGGCGGACGACUGGCUGUCAUUGCCAUUUGACCCUUCAAUGGCGCCAUUUGGAAUGGGUACCAGCGGCCAGUUUCCGAUGUAUGAAGGAGGCGGAUUAGAUUUUAUCUGGAAUCUUCCCUCAUAG